AAAUUAAACCAAAAGCAACAAAGCGCUGCAUUCUCUGAUUUCAGAUUUUGAGAGACAAGUAGUUCGGACUUCGGGUUCGGAGGUCUUUAGCUUUAGCAAAGAUGAUGAAGGUUUUGCGCCUCUUGUCCUCCUCCAGUUGACUGUUCAUUUGUUACACUGAGAAUUAACAAGAAACAAGAUGACCUGAAAGGCUGAAAGUCAUCCCUGUUUAGCUGUAUGGACACUAUCAGCUUCCAAUUUUGGAGCAUUAUCUUGAAAGUGCUGAAACCCGGUUCUUGUAAUGGAUCCAACCUUUUUGCUGUGGUCCGAAUUUAAGGUGAAAAUGAUGUUGUACUUGUUUCUUAAGAAGGAACCAGUUCCCCACUAGAGGUGCUUUAUCAAUGCAUGCUUAUACACAUAGCAGCAGCUUUUCAACUGCCAGUAAGAGUUUUUCUGUUAAAGGAACUAGUGCUCAUAAUGUAUUUGCUUCUUUUAAUAUCUUCAAAGGAAAAGCUGCACUCUCUUUGAAUCCUGUUCUCCCAACAUUCACCAAAUUGGAAUCUGGAAAUCUUGUAGUUAGUCGGCGUGGUGUUGUCAUGUUGAAGUUCACUCCUGCCAUUGGCGAGCGCAAGUAUGACUGGGAAAAGAACCAGGUAUUUGCUUUAUCAGCAACGGAGGUUGGCUCUCUGAUAAGCUUGGGUCCCAAGGAUUCUUGUGAACUCUUUCAUGACCCCUCAAUGAAAUCAAGUAAUGCUGGUCAAGUGAGGAAGAGCUUGUCAAUUAAGUGUCAUGCAGAUGGCAGUGGCUACUUGGUUUCUUUGGCUGUUGUGAACAACCUCCUCAAAACCAAAGAGAAUUUCAUAGUUCCUGUCACAGCUGCUGAAUUUGCUGUUAUGAAGACUGCUUGCAGUUUUGUGCUGCCCCACAUCAUGGGUUGGGAUAGGUUGAUGAGCAAUAUGCCGACAGUUGUAGGAGGGCAACAAUCAAAAGUGGUUCCACAACUUUUGGAUGAGUGGGAUAGAUGAAGUCCACCGGUAAUCUCGUCCGUAGCAAGCUUAAGGAACUUGGACUUGCAAACUUUUGUUCCUAGUACCUUGGACUUGCAAGAUUGUGUGCUUUAGCAUGGACUUAUCGUGUAUAGUGUAUUUUGAUCUGUUGCCAAAAGCUUAUUUGACCUGGUGUAGACAUUUUUGGCUUAAGAUGCUCAAGCGACUAUUUUCAGCAUGUUAUGUAUUUAAGAUAAUACUAGUGGGUUUGAGCUGAUUUAUGGGGAUGUUUUGCUUGAAGCCUUCGAAAUGAAAGGUUCUGAUUAAUGAAUA